AUGUUGCGGUCCAGGGAGUCAAUUGACGAGAUUCUAGAGAGAGACAGCCUGAGCCAGGUAUUUGUUUCCCACGACAUCGGCUAUUUCGAUCAUAAAUGUCAGCAGUUAUGCGUACACAUUCAGCAAUGGGUCUUGCGCUUUUCCAAAUUCUCCGAUAUGAAGAGCUGUCGUUUCACGUCCGAAAUUAGCGACGAAAAGAUCAUUGACCGACUGGACAAUACCGCCCUAGACGGCUCGGACCCUGACAGCCAUCUCCAGGACCGUGUCAAGCGGCGCGGCGUGUUCAUGUCCCUGGUGACGGCGAUGAUUUGGGAAUUUAUUAUCGCUCGCUACCUUUUCGGCACGGACCGAGAGCAGCGGCAAAGGCUCAAAUCGCUCGAAAAGGCCCUCUCGGAAGUUGGUCCCCCAUCCGUUGUCCGGGAAUGGCGCGCCGUCACUUUCACCCUCAUGGCCACCCGCGAGGUUUCCCGCAAACAGCGGAGCAUGGAUGUGGAAGCUGUGGUGCAGAGUAUCGCGCAGACAUUGUUCGUGAUCCUUCCUCCGCCGUCUCAUCUCGAAGAUCAAAUUGAGAGCCAGCUUCGCCGCCUCAUCAACGAGGCGGUGGACCUAUCCAUCGCGAUGCGAACCCAGCGGGCUGAGUAUAUGAUGCUGCCCCCGCUGCAGCCCGAAUAUGACGAUAAGGGUGAUCUGGCGGCGACGGUCCCCUUCAAUGCAGCGCUGAUGAACGCCUGGAGCGGCACGUCUGCUUCAAAUGAGGAGUUGGAGGAGAAGAAAGCCGUGGUGAAAAUGAUCUUGUUCCCGGUAGUUAUCAGGAAGGCGGACGACCAGGGAGAGGGAGAGGAUGAGAUCGUGGUGUACCCAGCGCAAGUUCUUGUCCAGGACAACCGGCGCUGGUCCCGAACCUGCCGGACCCACAACGCCGACGGCAUCUCCAAUGCACCCGUGUCCGCACCCGCAAACACUUAG